AUGCAAUUCUCAACCGCAGCUUUUGCCUUUCUGGGCCUCGCCCUCACUGCCUCUGCAGCCGACGAGAAGACCUGCUUCCCUUUCCAGACCAACAACGUUCCCAAGUCCAUCACCGAUCUCGAUGUCCAAGUCAAGGUCGACUGGGCCACCAAGCUGUGCGCCCAGGUCAACUACUCGAGUGUGGAUGCUCAGUCUCUCACCACUGACGUUGCGGAUGGUGUUGUUGCAACGGAGGACGGAAAGACUUAUGGAUUGAACUUGAUUUCUGUGGCGGUUCCGAAUGAGCAAAAGUGCAUUGAUAAUGCUGCGGCUACGCUUGGGCCUGAUGUCUGCCCUAGCGGUGGAGCUUUCAUUAAUUUGGACAGUGAUGAGGAGGAGUGGUUCACUAUUGUUGCUCUUAAUUAG